CAUUCGUGGUGAGUGCAUACACAUGUGCGUAUCCUCACGACUCGAGAGUCCACAUAGCUGCGUGCUGUUUCGAAGAAUUAGUCCAUCAAAUUAUCUGCGAAACGUGUCACUCGGCUCGCCCCUGUUUGUUUUUUAUUCGGCAGACUGAGUGAAGACUAUAUACUGGUAAAUGAGGCAUUCAAUCUUCCAGAUUUAAAACCAUGAAAGAGAAGUCGAAAAACGCUGCACGAACCCGUCGGGAGAAGGAGAACGCGGAGUUCUAUGAGCUUGCUAAGCUUUUACCACUGCCGUCGGCAAUCACUUCGCAGUUGGAUAAAGCCUCUAUAAUUCGACUAUCUACAAGUUAUUUAAAGAUGAGAGCCCUUUUCCCCGAAGGUCUUGGUGAUUCGUGGGGACAUAAUCCUCGUCCACGGAAUUCCUACGACACCCUCGUCAAAGAACUCGGAUCACAUCUCCUUCAGACACUGGAUGGUUUUAUUUUUGUCAUAGCACCAGAUGGAAAAAUUAUUUACAUAUCAGAAACUGCCUCGGUUCAUUUGGGGCUAUCACAGGUUGAGUUGACAGGCAAUAGCAUUUAUGAGUACAUACACCCAGCCGAUCACGAUGAGAUGACAGCGCUUUUAACAGUACAUCAACAAUAUCAUACUCAUGUUAUCACAGACUUUGAAAUUGAAAGAUCGUUUUUCCUUCGAAUGAAAUGUGUAUUAGCCAAACGUAACGCAGGACUGACCAGUGGUGGAUACAAGGUGAUUCACUGCAGUGGUUACUUAAAAAUUAAACAAUAUACAAUGGAUAUUGCACCAUUUGAUGGCUGCUAUCAAAAUAUUGGCCUGGUCGCUAUUGGCCACUCCUUACCACCGAAUUCUAUCACAGAAAUCAAGAUGCACAGCAAUAUGUUUAUGUUCCGAGCCAGCUUAGAUCUCAAGCUUAUAUUCCUAGAUGCAAGGUGAGUUGUAGUAGCAUUAAUGGGUUCAGUACUUUUAAAAGGACAGGUGACCACCAAAUAUUUUCGCUUUCUUACCAAACAAGGAGGCUGGGUGUGGAUGCAGAGCUCAGCCACCAUUGUGCACAACAGCCGUUCAUCACGUCCACAUUGUAUCGUAAGCGUCAAUACUGUUCUCACAAAUUCAGAAGACAAAGAACUUUAUUUAUCCAUGGACCAAUUGGAAGUGAACACUCUUCAUAAUGCCUAUAGUAGUAACAGCAGCAGUGAGCGAUCGCGAGCUGGAAAAAUACGUCCAACCAAAUGCAAAUCACGUGCACAGAAAGCUUCUCCGUAUUCCAUAGCAACAGCGAGUGCAAUGUACGAAGGUCAUUUAAUGAAUGAAUACAUGACAGAUAGGGGAUAUGGGCAGUAUCCGACGUGCGAUGUUCCAGUUGCGAUGUCUGGAUAUCCCACAAUUCCUUAUCAGGAGGGAGUGGAAAGAUAUGGACCAACAAUGUUGCCAACAGCAUAUGGUAUCUAUGGUGAUAGUGGUUAUAGUUACACUGGGUCUUACUAUGGUACGUCAGACCCAUAUGCACACUGCAGUGCUGACAGUAUGCAGUACCGAACUCAUUAUGAAGACGACCAACAGCAGCAUCAUCCGUACUACCAUAGCAACCAUGAUGCUGCUCAUGCACAUAAUAGCAGCCAAUCAGAGACCUUGUUGCAUAGGAUGUCUGAACCUCAAUGCUGUGGCCAAUCCUCCACACUUGCUCAUAGAAACAGUGCACAUGUGCAAUCAUCAGUCGCAAUAUCGCCGACUCAGAGUUCUACACAUAGUCCGCAUCAACAACAACAACAACAUCAUCACAGGGAUUCACAGCACACACACCAAAGCCCGGAUGUGAGCACUUUCUCAGCGCGGACUGAGACAGUUGUGAAUAUUGAUCCAGAAAACAAAACAAAGAGAUACCAACAGCAUGCCGAUGGUACCAAAAUGGACACGCUCAUCCAAGCGACCCAACAGUUAGUCAAAGAAGAGGAUGGAAAAAACAUUCAUUCGAGACAAGGACAGCAGAGUUCACCGAAAACGCCAUCCACGCCGUCCACCAGUCAAACCAGCCCUGUUCAGGUCACGAGUAGAAACCAAAUAAACAAUACGCAAUCGCCGAGUGCAAGUACUACAAAUGCAGAAAGAACUGCAGAAACAAACAAUAGCAGAUCUGCAUACUUCAACCAUAUGAGUACACUGCAUUAUGGGAAUGAUAUUCCAACCGCUCUAGAUUAUAGUAAAGAGUACUCCAAACGCGUCAGCAGCUCAGACUAUUUAGCGAGCACAGCCAAUCAAUAUCCAUCCAACUACUCCAUGUAUAACUAUUACAAUGACACGAGUAAACGAUACGUUGUGCAAUGCACUGAGGAAAUCCAACGAACAAAGUCGUAUCCCACAAUGCUCAGUAACGGUACUAUGGACGACUUGAUGGACAGUCACUAUAGCAACCGAGUUGCACACUACAAGGGUCAGGUUGCCAAUGGAUACGCAUAUUGAGUUGAGAUAGAUUCCCUACAAUGUGGAGUAAUUGUGCUAAUUUGGUGUAUGCUUUGUGUAUCGACAGCUAGGUUUAUUUUUUGCAGGGAAAGUAGGCAUUGUCAGAGACUGAUAGUGAGAGCAA